AUGCGCAGUGAAGACGCUGAUGUUGCAUUAACUGCGAACUUCCGUACGUUCCGUUCCCCGUUGCGCAUGCGCAGAACACACCACAGACGCCGCCAUGUUUGUCCCCGCUGCCGUACGUUGCCGUUUUUGCUGCGCAGGCGCAAGGCCGGGAAAGCCGCGGCAGCGCAUACCCCAUCAUGGCGGCGCCGCGGCCGCGUUUGGAGCCGCAGCCGCAGCUCCGCUUUUUGGUCCACGGUGCGAGAGAAAUCUCUGGGAGGCCUCGAGUGGAGCGAACGAUUCCGCCUCCGCCCGGACACUUUCGACGCUUUGGUGUCGCGAUUGAGGGCGGCCAUCGGGCGUCGCGACACCGCCAUGCGCCGGGCGGUGCCGGCCGAGGUGCGCUUGGCCCUCACGCUGUGGCGCCUCGGAGCCGUCACCGAGUACCGGGCGCUGGAAGCGACUUUCGGCGUUUCCCGGAGCUCGGUUUGUAAAAUCCUGCGCGACGUCUGCGGGGCCGUGGUUGGGAUUUUGGGAGCCGAGGAUGAUGAUGAUGAUGAGGAUGAUGAUGAUGAUGAUGAUGAGGAAGGGAUGAAGCUGCACCUGCCCAGGGAUCCCGACAGGGUGAGGAGGUUGGGAGGGGAUUGGGGGAAAGUUUUUGGGGGGAGUUGUUGGAGGAUUCCCGAAGGUUCGGGGUCGGGAUUCCCAAUCCCGGCGGAUUCCGGGGUGGAAUUGCAAAAUCGGAUGGAUUGCGGUGGAAAAAAUCCCAAAUUCCAGAAGAUUCGGGGUCGAAACUUCAAAUUCCAACAGAUUCCAGGAUGGAAUUACAAAAUCUGAUGGAUUCUGGUAGAAAAUCCCAAAUUCCAGAAAAUUCUGGGAUGAAAUCACAAAUCCUGGAGGAUUCCGAGCCAAAAUCCAAACUUUUGGGGCCCAAAUCCCAAAUCCAGGCGGAAAAUUCCGGAAGGAGCGGCAGGAAGAGGAAAAUCCCGGCGGGAAAUUCGCAAAUCCUGU